CCCCCCCCCCACUUCCCCUAUCGCCUCCUGACAGGAAAGGUUUAAGAGGGACAGAGCCCUGGGAGGCCGGGCCGGGCUCGGGGGCCACCCCGGGGGCCCGGGCCAUGGAUGUGCGCCGUCUGAAGGUGAACGAACUUCGCGAGGAGCUGCAGCGCCGCGGCCUGGACACUCGCGGUCUCAAGGCCGAGCUUGCUGAGCGGCUGCGGGCGGCGCUGGAGGCCGAGGAGCCCGACGACGAGCGGGAACCCGAGGCCGACGACGAUCCGGGGCGAGCCGGGCACGGCAACGGCGAGGAGGUCGAGACCGAGGGGGGCUCCGAACUGGAAGGGACCGCGCAGCCACCGCCGCCCGGGCUGCAGCCGCGCUCGGAGCCUGGCGGCUACUCGGGGCCGGACGGACAUUAUGUCAUGGACAAUAUUCCCAGGCAGAAUCAGUUCUAUGAGAGCCAGGUCAUCAAGCAAGAGAAUGAGUCCAGCUAUGAGAGGAGACCACUGGAAAUGGAGCCACCACAGGCCUAUCGCCCAGAAGUGAAGACAGAGGUGAAGCAAGAAGCACCCACUGGCUUUCUUCCACCUGAGGCAUCGCAACUUAAGCCAGACAGACAGCAGUUCCAGAGUCGCAAGAGGCCUUACGAAGACAACCGGGGACGGGGGUACUUCGAACACCGAGAAGAUAGGAGGGGCCGCUCUCCUCAGCCUCCUGCUGAAGAGGAUGAAGAUGACUUUGAUGACACCCUUGUUGCCAUAGACACAUAUAACUGUGACCUGCAUUUCAAGGUGGCCCGAGACCGGAGUAGUGGCUAUCCACUCACAAUCGAGGGCUUUGCAUACCUGUGGUCAGGAGCCCGUGCCAGCUAUGGCGUCAGAAGAGGCCGUGUGUGCUUUGAGAUGAAGAUCAAUGAGGAGAUCUCCGUGAAGCACCUUCCAUCUACAGAGCCCGACCCACACGUUGUUCGCAUUGGCUGGUCCCUGGACUCCUGCAGCACCCAGCUAGGCGAGGAGCCUUUCUCCUAUGGCUAUGGAGGCACUGGGAAGAAGUCCACCAAUAGCCGGUUUGAGAACUACGGAGACAAGUUUGCAGAGAAUGAUGUGAUUGGCUGCUUUGCGGACUUUGAAUGUGGGAACGACGUGGAACUUUCCUUCACCAAGAAUGGGAAGUGGAUGGGCAUUGCCUUCCGAAUCCAGAAGGAAGCCUUGGGAGGUCAGGCCCUCUACCCACAUGUCCUGGUGAAGAAUUGUGCCGUGGAGUUCAACUUUGGGCAGCGGGCCGAGCCCUACUGUUCCGUCCUCCCAGGCUUCACCUUCAUCCAGCACCUUCCUCUGGGUGAGCGGAUCCGGGGCACUGUUGGACCAAAGAGCAAGGCCGAGUGUGAGAUUCUGAUGAUGGUGGGCCUGCCUGCUGCUGGCAAGACCACCUGGGCCAUCAAGCAUGCAGCUUCCAAUCCUUCCAAGAAGUAUAACAUCCUGGGUACCAAUGCCAUCAUGGAUAAAAUGCGGGUAAUGGGUCUACGACGACAGCGGAACUACGCUGGCCGCUGGGACGUUCUGAUCCAGCAGGCCACUCAGUGCCUCAACCGCCUCAUCCAGAUUGCUGCCCGCAAGAAACGCAACUAUAUCCUCGAUCAGACAAAUGUUUAUGGGUCAGCGCAGAGGCGAAAAAUGAGACCGUUUGAAGGGUUCCAGCGCAAAGCCAUUGUAAUCUGCCCCACCGACGAGGACCUCAAAGACCGAACAAUAAAGCGAACUGAUGAAGAAGGGAAGGAUGUCCCUGAUCACGCAGUCUUAGAAAUGAAAGCCAACUUCACAUUACCAGACGUGGGGGACUUCCUGGAUGAGGUGCUGUUCAUUGAGCUGCAGCGCGAGGAAGCAGACAAGCUGGUGAGGCAGUACAAUGAGGAAGGCCGAAAGGCUGGGCCACCCCCAGAAAAGCGCUUUGACAACCGAGGCACUGGCGGCUUCCGAGGCCGAGGGGGUGGCGGCGGUUUCCAGCGCUACGAUAACCGAGGACCUCCGGGGGGCAAUCGCGGAGGCUUCCAGAACCGAGGUGGCAGUGGUGGAGGCGGCAGUUACCGAGGAGGUUUCAACCGCAGUGGAGGAGGUGGUUACAACCAGAACCGCUGGGGUAACAAUAACCGGGAUAACAACAACUCCAAUAACCGCGGCAGCUACAGUCGGCCACCCCAGCAGCAACCGCCGCCCCAGCAGCCACCACCACCGCAGCCACCACCCCAGCAGCCACCGCCACCCCCCAGCUACAGCCCUGUGAGGAAUCCCCCAGGGGCCAGCAGCUACAGCAAGAACAGCAGCCUCCCAGGCUCGAGUGUCAAUACCAGCACCCCCACCGUCAGCAGCUAUAGCCCCCCGCAGCCGAGUUACAGCCAGCCUCCCUACAGCCAGGGCGGCUACAGCCAGGGCUAUGCUGCACCGCCCCCACCACCCCCACCGCCCCCCACCUACAACUACGGAAGCUAUGCAGGCUACAGCCCGGCCCCAUACACCCCACCGCCGCCCCCUGCCGCACAGACUUACCCUCAGCCCAGCUAUAACCAGUAUCAGCAGUAUGCCCAGCAGUGGAACCAGUACUAUCAGAACCAGGGCCAGUGGCCGCCGUACUAUGGAAACUACGACUACGGGGGCUACUCCGGGAGCACACAGGGGGGCACGAGCACGCAGUAGCCAGUGCACCCUGGGCCCCUGGAGGCCCCCCACCGGCUUUCUCCACCAGCGCCCACCUUGGCCUCCUCGUCUGCCCCAGCAGGUCCCGUGAUGCUGGGGGAUGGGGUGCCCCAGGGCUGCCUCCCCUCUGAGGGGCUUCUUCCCCACACCAGGCCAGGAUUUUUGUCUCUGGCUUCAAGCAGACAACAGUGACCUUUCUUUCCCUUUUGUCCCCCACCUCCUCUCCCCUUCCUCCUGUUUGAAGACUCCCCUCUCCUUUGGUCGUAGGCUGAGGCUGCAGUGGCCCAGGGGAGGACGCCUUCCUGGUCCCUCGGUCCAGCCCUCCCAGCCCCUCAGCUUCCCAAACUCAUGCAGUUGGUUGUAAAUUCCUCCAAGAGCUGUUUUACUGUCUACUUUUCAGGAUUUAAAAAAAAAAAAUCAAAAACAAAAAAAAAAAUAAGAAACCACAAGUUUAAAAAGCAAAAUGCAGAAGGAGGAAGCAGUGACAGAUAAAUAUAUAUAUAUUAUUUUUUUUUUGGUAAUUAUGCUUUUUUUUUUUAAAUUUUUAGAAUUUGUCCGUUUUUACUGUGGGUCGGCUGUUAAUAUUUCAUCACAAUAACAGUUUCUUUGCUGAGUUCAGGUAACCAAGGAAGAACCACACCCCAAAAACAAGACACACCAAACCAUAGAAUCACCUUUAACCGAACUUUUUAUACAAUGUCUCAGUUUCCCAUGACUUUGCACACAAGCUUCUGUGUUGAGUUGACUUGUAACUGCUUUUUGUAUUUGGAGAGAGUGUGACUAUUGAACUUGAAACCUUUUA